AUGUUCAGUCUUUUAAACAGAGGAUUAGCUGUCCGUUCAGGCAGUAUAUCGUUGCAAGCAGUGAGAACUUUUAUUCCUUUUAAAAAGGGUACGUAUCCAUGGAUUUUGUUCGACCUAACUUUGAAUUAAAUACUAACUGUAGCAGAUAAACUACCAACUGUAUACGAACCAUUACCAAAGAAGAGAAAUGGUGAAAGCGUUAUACCAUAUUUGCAUAAACAAUUACUUCAAAAGUAUGAUCCAACUGGUAAAAGAAGAGCCCUUGUUGAUCAAGACACUGGAGUUCGUUCUGGAGAUAUUAUUAAAGUAACAUAUCUUGAUAGAACAAAUGUUACUGGGCAAGUUAUUGCUGUUAAGAGAUCUGUGAAUAGUGUCGGAACAAAUAUAUUGCUCAGAAAUAAGAUCAGCAAAUUGGGUGUUGAAAUGAGAAUCCCACUUUUUAAUCCUAACAUUAGAAAUAUUGAAGUUAUUCACAACCCUAAGAAGUAUUUACCAAGAAGAAAGCAAUUCUACAUUAGAAACACUAAGUAUGAUGUUGGUGAUGUUGAAAAUUUCGUAAGAAAAGAAACUAAAAAACAUAAAUAA